AUGUAUUUACGAAGAGUGAUCAUACGUCGUUCAAUCAUUUGUCUUUGUUUUAUAACAAUAAGUAGUGUGAUUUAUAGUGCAACACGUCCAACUCAGUCUGACGGAUAUAUAAGCAUUAUUGUGUCAAUUUUCACGUUUAAACCAAAACCAAAAAUCGUUGCUGAAGAUGGUAGUUUUGUUACAAAUCCUGGUUAUGAAAUUGCUCAGUUUGUUGUUGUACCAUUGAAAGAAAAAUUUACUGAAUUAUUUAAUACUCUCGAUCAAAGUGAAAUAAAAGACUACUUUACAAUGGUUCCACAAAGUGCUUAUCAUGUUACAUUAGCCAAAUUAACAUAUACUGCAGGUAAUGAUCCACACAAUUUUCAAGUUUUAGUAAGAGAACAACAAGUACUCGAUGCAAGAGACACAUUUACAAAAGUACUUGCUAAAGAUAUAUCAAUUGUUAAUGACAAUGAAAUACGUGUGGCAGUCGAUUUUAGUGGUGCAUUUAUUGACAAAGUUCUUAAGAAAGCUCAAAAACGAUGGAAGAAUCAUUUUGCACAUAUAAUUGCUAAAAUGCAUAAAUCGUUUUAUAUAACCAUCGCUUAUCAAUAUAAACCGAUACCAGAUAAAGAAACUCUUGAUCGAAUUGAAACAACAUUAAAAUCAGCACAACAAUUUCCUUUUGACGUUGAAAUUGAUCCCAUUGAAAUAUUAGCAUCUCAUGAUGCAGUCAGUUUUACACCUCUUCUUCCUGAUGAACAAUCACCAUAG